AUGGCCAAUCUUGACCUCCAGCCCGCAGAUAUCAUUGCGGAAGCUACAUCGGCUAUAGACCUUGCCAGCGAGGAAUUGCGGCGCCUAAGCCUGGAAAUCUUCAACAACCCGGAGCAGAUCUUCCGUGAAUACAAAGCAUGCAAACUGCUGUCUGACUGGUUUGAGAAUCGCGGAUGGUCAGUAAAACGAGGUGUUUAUGGCCUGGAGACAGCUUUCGAAGCUCGUUUCUCCGUAGGUACAGGCGGUCGAACCGUUUGCUUCAAUGCCGAAUACGAUGCCCUCCCAAACCUUGGCCAUGCGUGUGGACACAACCUGAUUGCUACCUCAUCCGUGGCGUCAGCCAUCGCCGUGGAGACUGUGAUCAAAUCCCGAGGAGUCAAUGGCACCGUCAUUGUAAUGGGAACUCCGGCCGAGGAAUCUGGAGGCGGGAAAUGGAUCAUGGCCAACAAUGGCGCCUGGAAAGGCGUUGAUGCCUGCGUGAUGACACAUGGGAUGCCCAGUUUCAGCACCCCGCUAUGCCUCACAAAAGCGUCGUGGAAGUUGCGUGCGAAAUUCCAUGGCCUGGCUGCUCAUGCCGCGACUGCGCCAUGGAAAGGACGGAACGCCUGUGAUGCUAUCGUGAACGCCUAUACAUCAAUCUCCAUGCUCCGGCAACACCUAGAAAAAGGACAGAGCGUACAAGGAUGCAUCCUCGAAGCUGGGAAGGCUUCAAACAUCGUACCUGAGUAUUCCGAGGGAGUAUUCAGUAUACGUGCACCUACAAUGAAGAAGCUAGAUGAACUACGAUCUAGAUUCGAGCCUAUCUUUGGAGCUGCGGCUGACGCGACGGGAUGCAGGGUUGAAUUGGAAUGGACUGCACUAUACGAAGAUGUGAUUUCCAAUAAUGCACUAGCUGAGCAAUAUCGACAGUACAUGUUGCGUCAUUUGGGCCUGACUCCUGAACAAAUGCCAACUCUGGAAGAGUCCCGGAUCGCCCAUGACCAGCCAGGAUGCUCGGAUUUCGGUAGUUGUUCUUAUAUUUGCCCCGGUAUUCAACCCAUGUUUGAAAUCAAAGCUAGCGAUUUUCCACACUCCAUCGGCUUCCGAGAGGCUGCAUGUGGAGAGUACGCACAUCAAGAAGCCCUUCGAGCGGGUAAAGCAAACGCCUUGAUUUGCUUAGACGUAUUGAUGAACGAUGAAUUUGCGCGCGUUAUGAAACUUGAAUUCAUUGAAGCCAUGAAGGAGGCCGGCCGGUGGAAGGAACCUGCUGAGAGUUCGUAA